UCUUCGGAUAAGGUUUUCAGUAUUGUUUUGUAGGCGCAAAGAAUUCUAAUUUCUUAGUCUUGAUGUAUCGCAAAUGGAGGGAUGGUCCCAUGUACAACAAACCCACACGUAUCGAUGGCAAAGUGGUACUGAUAACCGGUUGUAAUACCGGCAUUGGUAAAGAAACUGCUUUGGAACUGGCCAAACGUGGAGGUCACAUUUAUAUGGCUUGUCGAAAUUAUGAGAAAUGUGAAGAGGCUCGAAAAGAAAUCAUUGAACUCAGUGGCAACAGAAAUGUCUUUAAUCGAACUUUAGAUUUGUCAUCUUUGCAAUCGGUAAGAGAUUUUGUGGAGAAAUUCAACGAAGAAGUCCAGCGCCUGGAUAUUUUAAUAAACAAUGCCGGUAUUAUGUCCACACCCCUGGGAUAUACCAUCGAUGGCUAUGAACAACAAUUGGCUGUUAAUCAUUUGGGUCCCUUUUUGCUAACCAAUCUUUUGUUGGACAAAUUAAAAGCCUCAGCCCCCAGCCGCAUAGUUGUGGUCAGUUCUUUAACCCAUCGUGUGGGAAAAAUCAAGCAACAUGAUUUGAACAGCAAAAAGAGCUAUGGAAAAUUUGAAGCCUAUGCCCAAAGUAAAUUGGCAAAUGUCUUGUUCACUCGCCACUUGGCUAAACGAUUGCGCGGAACUGGUGUCACAAUUAAUUGUCUACACCCGGGAUCAAUUCACACCGAAAUUGGACGUAAUGAUCCGCUUAUGGAUAAAAUGAUUUCCACAGUUGGAAAAUUUGUAUUGCGCAGCGUAAAAGGUGGCGCCCAAACUACGAUUUUUGCUGCCAUUGAUCCCGCCAUAGAAAGCGACAGUGGUGAAUAUUAUCACAACAUGAAACGGGGAAAACUAGCCAAGUUGGCCAAAGAUGAAAAGUUGGCCGAAUGGCUGUGGAAGGAGAGCGAGCUGAUGGUAGGAUUAAAAUAAAGAAUUAAAAAUAUAAAAAUUUGUUUUAAAUUUAAUAACUGUUUUGGUCGAUAAAAUUAUUUU